AUGAGCCAGCUAGCAUCUACCGUGAGUAGAUUGGAGUCUCAAGGUAAAUUGCCAUCACAAACUGUUGUGAACCCAAAGGAAAAUGUAAGUGCAAUUACAUUGAGAAGUGAAAAAGAGUUGCCAGAACCUACUCAAGUGCGAAAAACACCCAACCGAGAUGAGGAAACGGAAAAAGAAGUUCAUCAACCUCAAGAUGAUCAAAAGCCUAUUGGAGAGCAUCCAAAGACAAUGGUAAUUCCUCUGCCUUUUCCUAGUAGAUUAGCUAAAUCCAAAAGGAAUGAAGAAGAGAAAGAAAUUCUUGAAACAUUUCGAAAAAUUGAGGUAAAUAUUCCUUUACUUGAUGCUAUUAAACAAAUUCCUCGAUAUGCUAAAUUUCUCAAAGAGUUGUGCACAAAUAAAAGAAAGUUGAAAGGUAAUGAAAUGGUAAGUAUGGGGGAAAGUGUUUCAGCUAUCCUUCAGAAAAAAUUACCUCCCAAGUGUAAAAACCCAGGUAUGUUUGCUAUCCCUUGCAAGAUAGGUAAUGUUAAGAUUGAAAGAGCAAUGUUAGAUCUAGGAGCUUCAAUUAAUGUGAUGCCUUUAUCUGUUUAUUCAUCUCUGACUGUUGGUCCAUUAAAAGGAACGAGUAUAAUUAUUCAACUUGCUGAUAGAUCUAAUGUAUAUCCUGUGGGGGUUCUAGAAAAUGUUUUAGUACAAGUUGAUGGGUUAGUUUUUCCUGCGGAUUUUUAUAUAGUUGAUAUAGAAGAAGAUAAUAACUAUUAUGAUUCAAAACUAAUAUUGUUGGGAAAGCCAUUUCUGAAAACAACUAAGUCAAAAAUUGAUGUGCAUGAUGGUACAUUAACAAUGGAGUUUGAUGGUGAAAUUGUUAAAUUUGAUAUAUUUAAUACUACCAUUAAACAUUUGAAUGACAUAUCAUCUGUUUUUGUUGUGGAUAUUUUAUUGCUGGAAGAUAAUUCUCAUUUGAUUGGUGAUGAGGAAAUGGAUGUUGCGCUGAACAAAAAUCCUAACUUUGAGGAUGCGUUAGGACGGGAAUGGAGUCCAGCCAAAGACUUUAAAGAAAGGCACUGCUUGGGAGAAUAA